CAAACCCCUAACCAAGCAGAACACAUGGUUGACUCCUGGGGGGGGCGUCCCAUUAAAUUUAGACCCAUAUAAAAGGGCUAGGCAUAGAGGACAGUACUCAUAUCGCCAGUCCCAUAUAGCGAUGUGACUUCGGUCGCGCCAGGCACGUGGCAGUUCCGCCAGCCGCCCCCAAACUGGCCUCCCAAACUAGACAGUCCGCUGUCGGUCGUUCAACCCAACGCCGCGUAACAGCCGCCCGCGACAAAGAUGGCGGAUUCCCUGCUGGCCUUCCCCGGACGGAGGGAAGGGGCGGGGCAGGAAAGGAGCCAUGCCCGUGACAAAGAUGGCGGACGAGCCCUUCAGGAACGCAGAACGGGGGGAGGGCAGGCCAAGAUGGCGCCUUGAGAGGCCUGCAGCUCGCCGAGGCGGCGGAGAGGCCUGACCGGGGCGGGGAGGUCGAAGGCGCCGUGGGUCAGCCGGGAAAGGAGACGAGACGAGACGAGACGAGGGGACGUUUUCUGUCCUUCAAGAUGUCGGAAGGCACUUCAGGCGGCGACCCCGAGAGCGCCCGGCCCACGCUUUCUGCGGCCAGAGGAUUAAUAGGGAGGAGGACUCCCGCGCCCAUCUCGCCAGGCCGCCUGCCCUCCAUCCGCUCCCGAGAUCUUACACUCGGUGGCGUGAAAAAGAAAACCUUUGCCCCUAACAUAAUCAGCAGGAAAAUCAAAGAAGAGCCCAAAGAGGACCUUUCUGUCAAGAAAGAGAAGAAGGACCGUGAUCGAGAUCGGCAGAGGGAAUCUCAUGGACGAGGCAGAGCGAGGCCAGAAGUCAUUCAGUCGCACUCCAUCUUUGAGCAAGGCCCGGCAGAAAUGAUGCGGAAGAAAGGUACCUGGGAUAAGUCUGUGGAUAUGUCUGACUUUGGCCCAUCCCACAUCAUCAACAUAAAGAAAGAGAAGCGGGAGACAGAUGAAGAGACGAAGAAGAUCCUGCGCAUGUUGGAGAAAGAUGAUUUCCUGGAUGACCCAGGCUUGAAAAAUGACAUUAGGAACAAGCCAGUUCAGCUGCCUCUGGCUCAUUCUGGUUGGCUUUUCAAGGAAGAAGGGGAUGAUCAAGAGGACGUCAAGCUGUUGAACUCCGGCCAUAAAGAGGAGGAUAUGGAAAUAGGUGUAUCUUCGGUGAAAGUGAAAGAGGAGCCCCACGAUGAAGAGGAGACCCCAUUUGCCCAGGCUCCAGCACCCACAAAAGCCCCUCCUCCCUUCCCUCAGGAUGUCUCCCUUGCAGAACUGCUGCCAAGGUUGAGCCUCUCCAAGGAGGAAGAGCUGCUCUUUCUGCAGCUGCCAGACACGCUCCCGGGGCAGCCGCCCACACAGGACACCAAGCCGCUCAAAACGGAAGUGCAGAACGAGGAUGGGCAGUUGGUGGUGAUAAAGCAGGAGAAGAGUCAGGAGACCAAGGAAGCAGAGAACACCUGCACUCUGGGGGACCUCUCAGAAGGGCAGGUGGGGAAGUUGCUGAUCCGCAAAUCGGGGAAGGUGCAGCUUGUUCUGGGCAGAGUGACUCUUGACGUAACCACAGGAACCCCCUGUUCCUUUCUUCAGGAGCUGGUGUCAGUCAGCAUUGGGGACAAUCGGAGUGGCGAGAUGAUUGUCCUGGGCCAUGUGAAGCACAAGCUGGUUUGCGCUCCAGAUUUUGAAUCGUUGCUGGCAUACAAGCAUCGAUAGAGCUGCUGCAAAGCUGCUUGCCAGAGUAGCUAGUUGAUCUGCCUAAACAACACUGAUAUGGGCUCUCCAUAAGUGCCUGUUCCUAAGUUGAUGAAGACAGAGGCAUUUCUAAGAAGACUCUGCUAAAAGAGUCUUGUGGUCUGAGGGCCUCUGGAGCUCUAGGAUCUCUGGAAACCAGAACUGAAGGCUUGCUGCAAUCCUUCCUCCCAGUUCCAUACAGGACAUGACUUGCACCUUUUUAACAACUUUAAUAACUUAUUCAUUAUUACAUUAAGUUAUUAAUCGCUCUGCCUGUUGUCCUUGAUGAAGGAUUCCUGCAGUGACCGGAGUGGCAGGGAAGGUGCUGGAUAGCAGCUCCUCUGUCUCUGAACAAGGGGUCCAUCAGAAAAUCUGUGCAUAUUCCCUGGUGAUGUUACCCCAAUAGGGAGAUUGGAAAGAUGUGAGACUUGGAGCCAAGAUUACCUGUUUAGCAGCUGUUUCUUGCAGAUGCUAGAGAAGAUAUCACCAUUCCAAACAUCUAUAUGAGAUUGUACAGUGACGCCUUUUCUCUUUCACCUUCUGGAUCUUAACUACCACACACUGCAGUAGGAGAAAAAGGCACGGUGUGAGAGGUUUGGGAGGACACAUUCCCAAAUAGUAGACUGUGUCUUCAGCAGCGAGAUACCCCGUACGCCUUCACUGUCUAGACCAGCUCCAUCAGGCGCUUGAUGAAAUUGCUCCUAUGGUUAUUGUCAUCCUAUCUUUGAACAGCUAGAAAAAAGUACCUGCUGUUUCCCAUGCUUGCAAUGCUGUGUGUGACAAAAGCAGCAGCAGGGUUCUUUUAUAAAUGUGGAAGGCGAAGAGGAACGCUCUGGCUGUCUUAAUCCGGCUUCCAUUCCCUCUACUCGAAGUGGCCAAGCAUCUCUGUACCUGUUGUCCUUGAUGAAGGAUUCCUGCAGUGUUGGGAGUGACAGGGAAGGCGCUGGAUGGCACUUCCUCUGUCUCUGAGCAAGGGGUCUAUUUUGUCGAUCAGAAAAUCAUAUUCUGACUGUUACAGCCUUUAAUUGGGGAAGGAAGACGAGAGAUUGUGCCAAAAUCUCUCUUGCACACACACCCCUACACACACAUGCACCCCUAUUGAAGAAUUCAGUGGUCUGGUUUAAAAUGGUUCUACUUUCACAUCCUACCUUGGACUUUGGACAUGAUGGCAAGAAAGUUGUGAUCUGCUUGCGUUUGUUAUUUAUCAUGCCUUGUUAAAGAGGACAGUUAACUGUUUAAAGAUUUUUAUAGAGCAGCAGUUAAAGUAUAUUCAUUCUGCUUGGGUUUUUGUUUUUUAAUCUAGAGCAAUUGGGAAAUUACAAAUCUGAGAAAGUUGAUGGUAAUAUUGAGUACAAAUAUUAGUUCUCCGUUGAAGCAUUCUUUUAACUGGGUACCUUUAUUUGAUCUUUGUCAAGCAAAAUUGGAGAGAGCAACAAUUCAGUGAUCAAGUUGUUGGCAUUUAUUUAUCAUAUGUAUAUCUGUAAAUAAAAAUGGACUAGAAUGAUUCUAUGACUUUGUGUGCAGUCCAAGGGAUUCGAACACUGUUGUGCUUUGAAGUUAUGUGAGAUAAGGACACGUAAGGAAAGACAUUUUCCCCUCACUUAUCACAGGAAUCCGAGCCAGUACAGUAAGUUUCUGCAAACUCCUCAUAGAUAGAGAACAACCCAAGGCAGCAUGUUAGCCAAGCCCAAAUAUUAAUUGAUUGGGAGUGACAGAAUGUGGAGCUCAUAGUGGUGGGAGAGCAGUUUUUGGACAAUGGGGAAUGGAUGUGCAGAGCAGAAUUAAGCAAAUUACAAAGAGAACAAGAUUAUAGACUAGAAAAUAACUGUAUUUUUGGAAAUCUCUUUAAAUUUUUUAAGAAAGCCUAAUCAAAAUAGCUGGCAGCAUCAAAAAUAGAAAUGGAAGCAGCCAGGAAUGAAUUAAGAAUAUUAGCAUAUUAAAGGAGUGACCUACAAACGUGCCCUUGGGGAGACAGGAUAUAAGGUUACACUGGGAUUGAACUGCAGGAUAUGUUAAUAGGGGAGACUAGAAGAUUGUCCCGAGUAGAUCCAGGGUGGCACCUAGGAAACAUUCAGGAUUGCUGAGGAUGAGGUAGGCGAGCAGUACUGUAAAAGUAAGCAGAUUCACAGCAUUCUUGGGAAAGAUGCAAAUGUGAACCAGUCAUUAGUAGGACCUUCUUGGGGUAUUUCCGGAGAGCUGCUACUGCCUCCAGGAGCUGUAGAUGGAGGUUGAUUCCAAUGUGCUCAUUUUGUACUUAGAAAGAUGAAGCUUAAGAACAUCAAGUCCGAAACAUCAGUCCCACCAGACUUGGACUUCCUUAGCAGUUACCAGGACUCCCCUUUCCAGCAUGCCCCUCAUCAGGAUGGAAAGAAAAACAUCCUCUGCAAGCUGGUCUGGUAAAAGGGGGGCCCAUAGCUGGCAUGAUGGUAGAAGCUUGUAGCGUGUUUAUUGGCGUAAAUGCUCUUUGAGGUACUUUGCUGUCUGGAAAGCUUUCAGAUUCAGUGUCCCUCCCUGAAUCCCCUUCGUCCCAAUGAGGAUUAGGCAGAUAGGAUUAACCAGGACCACAGUGAUAGCAUGGGUGCAGUUGUCCUCGCUGUCCCCGUAGUAGAGUUUGGUUCGGAGAUCCAUUGUAUGCUGUUGGGCAUCAGUGUACAGAUUGUCUCGUAUGACCAGACACUUGUGGCCACCCAGAGUCAACCCCUGAGUGAGGAGUAUGUUUCUAUUCCUACCAAGGAGAGCUUGGAUUUCUGGUUUGGUCAUUUUGGCCAAGAUGCCACCUUGGUGGGCACGUAAGACCUGCUGUUGUGCUACAGAGAUGACUGCUGCAUCCCAGCAUAACCCAUCUCUCAUGAAAUUGUUGAUGUACCCUUGCCAAGCAGUCAUUUGGUGGUUUGGGGAGUGUGUCAUUUAAAGGCACCUCGUAGCUGCUUUGGGAAACUCCAGAUCUCCUGUUGAGGGACAGGCCAGUUGGGUUCUUCUGUAACCUCAGGUUUGGUUGGUUGGUGUCUGGGAAAUCUAUUUUCUCUUUGUUACUCAGUAUACCUGGCCCUAAGAAGAUGAAAUAUUUUAGGCUAAAACAAGAUGAAGGUGCUGGCGGCUGCUUAUUCAGUGUACUUCCAUGCACUGCCGAUGUACAUAUCUCAAAAAUAGCUUGCAAUCAGGUUUUUAGACACAGGCCGUUCAGCAGUUACCUUGAUCCUUCGCAGUGGUAGUCUUGGAUACAACUACUUAGGUGUCUUUCAUGGGUUCCAAACUCUUCACUCUAGAAUUCUGACAGCACUACAUACGUUUCUUGUGAUAUCAUAAUACAUCUUUUCCUGGAGGAAUCCAAACAGCUCAGUUUGCUUUAUGUGGGUAGACGUCCCCUUCUGAUGGACUUACCCAUCACAAGAUUAAUAUCCCAUCAUACUUUUAGCGAAUAAACAAUCACAAUUUCUGCUUGUGUCUGCAUCUGAUAGGACGUGAGUUACAAAAUUAUUCUUUUCAUUCAGUAGACUUAGAAUCAAGGCUGGUUCUCUCAAAAUACAAUACAAAGGUUUUGGGGCCAUGAUUAUUGGAGUUCCCCCAUGGAGGCUAUGAAGCAAGUUUGGGUUCCUAAUUGCUUAUUAAUUGCUGCUGUUGAGAUGUAACUGUAGUUCGUUUAUUGUUUCUUCAUUUUGUUAUUUGUUUCUUGUAGGCCACCCAGAGU